AUGGAGUCCCAGGUGCCUGCAGGGAGCGCGGCUGGCGAGAGCCUGAGCCCAAGCCGUGGGGCGGCCAAGAGGAAGAAGAAGCAGAGGAGGAACCGCACCACCUUCAACAGCAGCCAGCUGCAGGCUCUGGAGAGGGUCUUCGAAAGGACGCACUACCCUGAUGCCUUCGUGCGGGAGGAGCUGGCGAGAAGGGUCAACCUCAGUGAGGCGAGAGUCCAGGUCUGGUUUCAGAACCGGAGGGCCAAGUUUCGCCGUAACGAGAGGGCGAUGCUGGCCAACAGAUCAGCAUCACUCCUCAAAUCCUACAGCCAAGAAGCAGCCAUCGAGCAGCCCAUGGCACCGCGGCCCACCACGCUGACCCCGGAGUAUCUCUCCUGGACCAGCACCUCCCCGUACAGCACUGUGCCCUCCUACAGCUCCAGCGGGACCGCAACACCCACCCAAGGGGUCAACAUGGCCAACAGCAUCGCCAGCCUGCGCCUGAAAGCCAAAGAGUUCAGCCUCCAUCAGAACCAGGUGCCAACUGUGAACUGA